CACAGAGGUUUCUCAUUGACAGGGUUCAGUGGAACGUCUCUUUCUUUGUCUCUAUUUUUCGGUUUUAGAUGUCGUUGCUGUAUGAACUGAUAAUUAAAGUAGGCCUGUAGGGAUGUGGCCAGGCAGCCUGGGUGCAGAUUGAAUCAGGCAUUAACCCUCUAACUCUGAAGCUUGGGUCUCUUGAGCCAGAAGUCAGGGAGAGCAGAGCCACCAUGAUCUUACCUUCCCCCCCACUUAGUCUCAGGUGUUGUCCUACCCUGUAUUAGGACAACCUGCUGGAGUGCAGUUUACAGUGGCCCUGAUCAUCUGCUCAUCUCCCCGGAGCUGGGUGGCCAUCGUUGCAGUUGCAUCUAUGUGGGUGGGGGUGGGUAAAUUAAAAACUAUUUUUGUUUUUAAUAGCCAGUAAUUUCAUAGAAGAAACGUGGAGUUUUUUCCUUCUCUGCUGCCAGUUGUGGCUUUUGAUAGAUAAUCUGUGCAUUUUGUGUUUGCUUUGGCUGUAAUAAACCAUUGUCUUUGAUAACAUUUUCAGGCUACCCGGAGGCAGCUUUCAAACCUCUCAGUAGUAAGGCAGUUCCCCAUAACAAUCUGUUUAUUGCCCUAUUAAUUUUUAGUUGUGCUGUUUAGUUAUUAAUGUUUUAUUGAAGGUACCUGGAUCAGGCAGUAGUCGUCCAGUUCCUGUCAUCUGGCCAGAGCCUGUGCGCAUCGUUGUCUGAGUUUAGAGACUGUUUCUUAGAGCCAGCACGUGGCCUGCAAUGGUUUCUCUUAAAUGGCCUCUUGUGUUCCAUUUGGAGUUUAACGUCCUUCCAGCUUUUCUGCCAGGUCUCAUGAUGGUUACAGGCUCCUUCAGUGAUAGGUUGGAAGGAAGAGCUGUUGCGCUCUUGGGUGACUAACGUCAACACCAUGACCAUUUUCCCUUUCAGGGGGCUUCCUUCAGUUCCUAUCAGAUCUCUUUCCUGAUGGUUCAAGAGACUCCAUGCCGCUGUCCACAUGAAGCACCCAGAGUCAACUCGGCUUUCAGGGGACUGUUUCGGAAGUUCAUUUGUAUUAUUUAAUCCCAGGUGGUGGCUCUGUGGCAGUGACCAGAUAGCAUUUGGAAUUGGGUAGUCUCCUUGACUUAAAGCUUGGCCCUGACUUGUAUCUGACUCUGAAAUUUCCUGGCCAGUUAAUUGUAUCUUGUAAUUAUGAAGGUGUCUUUGAGAAUAUACUUUUAUUUAAAAAAAAAAUAAAAACAAAACAACUUUUUUUUUAACUUCUGCAGCUAUGUGAUUCAGUAGUACCAUAGAGCGUAUGUUUCUAUAAACGUUUGCUAACUUCUUUAGGUUUAAGUCGGCAGAAGGGUGGAUGUGCUUACAGAUGUUUCUCACUGACCCUCACCUGCCCUUGCCUGACCAGGGAGCCCAGAAGUCAUGUGGAGUAUAUUUAUGUGGUCUACAGGUUACCUUUAGGGGACAUCAUGUCCGCAGCACAGGCUGCUGUAUCUUCUAUCCACAUCAACCAUGAGAGGCAAAGCCAGGCCCAGAAUCUUCCUUCAAAUUAUUUCAUUACUCCUUGUCCUACCAGAGUGUCCUACACUCUGCGGACAUAGUUGAUUUCUGGCUAGACUAGCCUUUCUAUAGUCUGAUAUUCGUGAGUGCAAUGAUGUUUUGCUAGUACAGGUGGGUGGGGAUGGAGACCGUGUGCUGGCGUAUUAUUGAGUGAUAGAAUGAAAUGGAUUAAUAUAUUUAAAUGCCUAACUAGGGUCCUGUGUACCGUAGUUGUCUAGCUGAAGGCCAUCCAUCUGGUGGUGAAAAUGACCAGUAUUAUCAAACGAACAGGAAUGGAGCGUGAUUUAAAUAGUAGUUUGAGGAAGAUAGUGCUUAAGGUGGAGAAUGGCGUAGGACAGGAACUGUAUGCCAGCUCUCUGGACCCCAGGUAGUUCUGGGUGGACAGUAGAGCAUCAUUUUGCUUCUCAUAUCUGUGGCAUCAGUGAGCACAAAGCAAGGGAAACUAGCGAAGAAAGGAAGGGACUCUGGGUAUUGUGGAAGGGAAGUUUGGAUAGAUAUGUAUUGGGAUAAUCUGGGGUGGGAUUUGCUUACUUGUGACAAAGGCACUCUGUUAGUGAGAUGAUGCUCUUAAUUCCAUUUCUCUUUCACAUUGUAACAGAGCUGUUGGUAUUGGAGUCAUGUCAAAAUUUCCCAGUUUCCAAAUGAUUUUAAUGUUGAUAUUAUGGCACGAAAAGUAGCCUGUGAUUCGAUCUAUGGCUGAAGAAGUGUGAAAGAAACCAGAAAUUUCUGCACACUUGAAAUAUAACAGAUCCUUUCAUUAAUUUCGGUCUUUGAUUCCUCUGCACUAUCAAAUAAAUGUUUGUUUUUGUAUCGCAUUACAGUGAGAGUAAUCUUUGAGCCCUUAGAGCAGCUGUGAGGAACUGAAGAAUAAGUAUUGAGACAACUUUAUAGCUUGACGUCCUCUGUGCGUACGGUUAUUGGUAUCCUGUCAGUUAAAAAGUCAAGAGUACACUAGACAUCUUGGCUUUUGAACUCUGGCUGGAUUUGAGUGCGACGGGUCAGGUUUCUGUGAGGCUGGGAACUGGUAGAUGACGUUAGUAACAAACAAGAAGCUGCUUUGGUGACAGCGUUUCUUUCAUGUGUUCCCUUUCCGCUACCCAAAAACAUACUCAAUGCCUUAGAUUUUUUUAAUUUGGAAAUGAGUGUGUUCCUUCUUUUGUGUGAGCCUUGGCAGCCUUCUAUGGGCCGUGAAAUAGCGUCCAUUCCUCUUCACAGCUGUAUGAGGGCCCCCUGCCUUCCCAUUUCCUCUACUCCAUGAAGGAGUCUCAGUGCAAACCUUAGGCACUCGCUUCUCCUGUGUCCCUGCAUCCUCUGUAGUAGGGAAACACAGAUCCCUUUUCUCUACCAAGGUUUGACAACACCUUGAAGGGACCAUUUUUUUGUUUUUUGUUGGUUUUUUUGUUUGUUUUUUUGGUUCUGUUUUGUUGUUGUUUGUUUGUUUUUUUGCUGUUGUCCCUUGUCCCUGCAUCUUGCUGCUCUAGCUAUGCUAACUACACAUCCUGUUCCUGUGCCUAGGAUGCUGUGCACUAGUGUCUGCAGGGAAGGUAUGGCAUCCUACUCAGUACUGUGCAUGGUGGGCCUCCCAGAAGUCUCCAGGAAUGUAUAAAUAUAUCUCAUAGUUGUAGUUUUAUGUUUAUCAAUACAGUCAGUGAGAGGACUAACCUUUUGGUAUCGUGGCCAUCUGCUGUAAACCUUCUGUGUCAGAAUAAGAGUGUCCUAAAUUAAAUUUUUAUUUUUAUAGCUGUGACUGUUUACUAAAGAAAUAAAGAAGAAAAUGUAAAGCAGGGCCUCUUGAUCCGAAGAUAAUGAGACUUAACAUUCUGUUGGGUAGCUCACUGGCAAGUUACUGUUUAAUAAUCACGUUUGAACUAGAGGUGAGUGUUUAGAAAUGAGACAGUAAGAAGGUCUAGUCUGCACAGAGUUCUGAUUUCCCCUCGGUUUUUCCUCUCAAGUUAUGAGAGCCACUUGGCAGAAGAGCAGGACACAGAGGGCGUAAAGUUCGGGGUGACAGAUUGAGCCAGUUUGUGUUGAAAUUUCCAUGAGUAUUGUCACGUUGGCACUCUCACGUGAAUGUUUCCUUAGACAAGUCACCAUUUUACUCUUGUCUCUCUGUCUGUCCAUCCCCGUCUCUUUAAUUUUGAGACAAGAUCUCAUUCUGUUUUGGGACUCAGUAUCUAGCCAAGGCUGGCCCUGAAAUCAAAGAACUUGGCCUCAGUCUGUUGAGUGCUAAGGUUAUAGGCAUACCACCAAACCCAACUGUUUUUUUUCCUUCUUUUCCUUUUUUUUUCAACUUUAUAUUGAUUUGUGUGAAUUUCAUAUCAUGCACUCAUCUCUCUCUCUGUGCCUUUGUAUCUACCCUCUUGCCUUGCAACAUCGAUCUGGGGAAAAAAAAAUAAAGGAAAAAAAAAAAGAAACAAAACGAAUAAAAACGUGUCGCUGUGGAAGUUGCAGUGUAUCCUGGUGUGUCACGCAGUAUACCCUUUUGCCCAAACAGCUUGACUUUGCAAGUGUUCAUUGCAGUUUGUCAUUGGUCUGGACAGAAGCCUCUGGCUUCUGCUACACUGCCAAUGCUGGAUCCUCACAUGACUCCUCUUGGACAUCCUGUUGUUGCUCGGUGUCAUGGAGAUCCUGCAACUUUGGUUCUGCAGGUUCAUGCAUCCAGCAGUUCACAGAUGGGUUGGGCCAACUCAAAGCCCUGGAUCUUGGCUUGAGUGGUAGUUGAGUUGCUCAGCCUACCAGUUCUCUUGCACCCACACCACCAAGGCUAGCUCUCCAGCAUUGCCCUGCUAGCUCACCCAGUGCUGCAGCUGGCAAGGGCUGAGACCAGCUAUCCUGUACUCACCUCCUUGAAGACAGCUCACCUAUGCCCUUGCCAACAGGGCCAGCUCUACUGUGCUGCCCUCUCCUGAGUGGGUUUUUUUGUGUUUUUUUAAUCACUUUUCAGGUUUGGUGAUUUAGUUCAGUUUCAGGGUGCUUCUGGUCCUUGGGUUCAAAUAUUUUCUGCCUACUAUGAAUGUAAAGUGUUUAAUGAACAUACGUAUUUCCUUAGUUAACUUUAAUUGCCAACCUGUCACAGCUAUCUGAAAACCCAGAUUGAGGACUUUCCCAAAUCAGAAAAGCCUGUGGUUAUAUUUCUGGGGUUGUCUUUUUUAUCAGUUGGAGGGUUUAGGUCAUUGUGGGUGGAUACCAUCUCUAGGCAAGAGGUUUGGGGCUGUAUAAGAAAGCUAGGUACGCAUAAAUAAGCCUGAGGCCAAGCCAGCAAGCAGUGGUCCUCCUUGGUUCCUACCGUACUGCCUUGGCGGUGAAUACCCUGGUUGAAAGUGUGUGGAACAGUAAGCAGUGUUGCCUGUUGGCUCCCACUCUGACUCUCUCAAUGGUGGACCAUGUGGCCUGGGAGGAUACGAUGUAGUAAACUCCUUCCUCACCUAAGUUGCUCUUGGCCCGAGUUUUUAUCAUAGCAACAGAUAUGAAAACAAAACACUUCCAAAAAUAAUUUAAUGACAUGGAAACAGCCCGUCAAGCUGCCUGUGCAUUCCUGUUAUGAGAGGCCGUGAGCAUGCUAGCAAGACAGCUGCUUCCAGGCUCUAGACCAAGAUAGAACAGCCCUACAGAAAGUGAAGAAAUCUGUAAAAGCAAUAUAUAAUUCCGGUCAAGAUCAUGUACAAAAUGAAGAAAACUAUGCACAAGUUCUGGAUAAGUUUGGAAGUAAUUUUUUAAGCAGAGACAACCCUGACCUUGGCACCGCUUUUGUCAAGUUUUCUACACUCACAAAGGAACUGUCCACGCUGCUGAAAAAUCUGCUCCAGGGUCUGAGCCACAAUGUGAUCUUCACCUUGGAUUCCUUGUUAAAAGGAGACCUGAAAGGGGUCAAAGGAGAUCUCAAGAAGCCAUUUGACAAAGCCUGGAAAGAUUAUGAGACGAAGUUUACAAAAAUUGAGAAGGAGAAAAGGGAGCACGCAAAACAGCACGGGAUGAUCCGAACAGAGAUAACAGGUGCUGAGAUUGCAGAAGAAAUGGAAAAGGAACGGCGACUUUUUCAGCUCCAGAUGUGUGAAUAUCUCAUUAAAGUGAAUGAAAUCAAGACCAAAAAGGGUGUGGACCUGCUGCAGAACCUUAUAAAGUAUUAUCAUGCACAGUGCAAUUUCUUUCAGGAUGGCUUGAAAACGGCUGAUAAACUGAAACAGUACAUAGAAAAGCUGGCUGCUGACUUAUAUAAUAUAAAGCAAACCCAAGAUGAAGAAAAAAAACAGCUAACCGCACUCCGAGAUCUAAUAAAAUCCUCUCUGCAACUUGAUCCGAAAGAAGUAGGUGGUUUAUAUGUUCCCAGCAGGGCUAACAGUUCUAGAAGAGACUCUCAGAGCCGGCAAGGUGGGUACAGCAUGCAUCAGCUCCAGGGCAACAAGGAGUACGGCAGUGAAAAGAAGGGCUUCCUGCUGAAGAAGAGUGAUGGGAUCCGGAAAGUAUGGCAAAGACGGAAGUGUGCUGUCAAGAAUGGGAUCCUGACUAUUUCCCAUGCAACUUCCAACAGGCAGCCUGCUAAGUUAAACCUCCUCACCUGCCAAGUGAAACCAAAUGCUGAGGACAAGAAGUCUUUUGACCUGAUAUCACAUAAUCGAACAUAUCACUUUCAAGCAGAAGAUGAGCAGGAUUAUAUAGCGUGGAUAUCAGUACUGACGAAUAGCAAAGAAGAGGCCCUAACCAUGGCCUUCCGUGGUGAGCAGAGCACAGGGGAGAAUAGCCUGGAGGACCUUACCAAAGCCAUCAUCGAGGAUGUACAGCGGCUCCCUGGGAAUGACAUCUGCUGUGACUGCGGCUCAUCAGAACCCACGUGGCUUUCAACCAACUUGGGAAUUUUGACCUGUAUAGAAUGUUCCGGAAUCCAUAGGGAAAUGGGGGUUCACAUUUCUCGCAUUCAGUCUUUGGAGCUAGACAAAUUAGGGACUUCCGAACUCUUGCUGGCCAAGAAUGUAGGAAACAAUAGUUUUAAUGAUAUUAUGGAAGCAAAUUUACCCAGCCCUUCACCAAAGCCCACCCCUUCAAGUGAUAUGACCGUGCGUAAAGAGUACAUCACUGCAAAGUAUGUCGACCACCGCUUCUCCAGGAAGACCUGUACCUCUUCCUCAGCAAAGCUGAACGAAUUGCUUGAGGCCAUCAAGUCCAGGGACUUACUUGCAUUAAUCCAAGUCUAUGCAGAAGGGGUGGAGUUAAUGGAGCCACUGCUGGAACCUGGGCAGGAGCUCGGGGAGACAGCCCUUCAUCUUGCCGUCAGGACCGCAGACCAGACAUCUCUCCAUCUGGUUGAUUUCCUUGUACAAAACUGUGGGAACCUGGAUAAGCAAACGUCUGUGGGGAAUACAGUUCUGCACUAUUGCAGCAUGUACGGCAAGCCGGAGUGUCUGAAGCUGCUGCUUAGGAGCAAGCCCACCGUGGACAUCGUUAACCAGAAUGGAGAAACUGCCUUGGAUAUAGCAAAGAGACUCAAAGCUACCCAGUGUGAAGAUCUGCUUUCCCAGGCUAAAUCUGGAAAGUUCAACCCUCAUGUCCAUGUAGAGUAUGAGUGGAAUCUUCGACAGGACGAGAUGGAUGAGAGUGAUGAUGAUCUGGAUGACAAGCCAAGCCCGAUCAAAAAGGAACGCUCGCCCAGACCACAGAGCUUCUGCCACUCAUCCAGCAUCUCGCCACAGGACAAGCUGGCACUGCCAGGGUUCAGCACUCCACGGGACAAGCAGCGGCUCUCCUACGGAGCCUUCACCAACCAGAUCUUCACCUCUACGAGCACAGAUUUGCCCACAUCACCCACCAGUGAGGCUCCCCCUUUGCCACCUAGGAACGCCGGGAAAGGUCCAACUGGCCCACCUUCAACACUCCCUCUAGGCACCCAGACCUCUAGUGGCAGCUCCACCCUAUCCAAGAAGAGGCCUCCUCCCCCACCACCAGGACACAAGAGAACCCUGUCUGACCCUCCCAGCCCACUACCUCACGGGCCCCCAAACAAAGGCGCAAUUCCUUGGGGUAAUGAUGUGGGCCCAUCAUCUUCAAGUAAGACGGCAAACAAGUUUGAGGGGCUGUCUCAGCAAGCAAGCACCAGUUCUGCUAAGACUGCCCUUGGCCCGAGAGUGCUUCCUAAACUACCUCAGAAAGUGGCACUAAGGAAGACGGAGACCAGCCAUCAUCUCUCCCUCGACAGAACCAACAUCCCACCUGAGACUUUUCAGAAAUCAUCACAGUUGACAGAGUUACCCCAAAAGCCACCACUUGGAGAGCUGCCCCCGAAGCCUGUGGAACUGGCCCCUAAGCCCCAAAUUGGAGAGUUGCCACCUAAGCCUGGAGAGCUGCCCCCUAAGCCCCAAUUAGGUGACCUGCCCCCCAAGCCACAGCUCUCAGACUUACCUCCCAAGCCACAGAUGAAGGACCUUCCCCCUAAGCCACAGCUGGGGGAUCUGCUGGCAAAGUCCCAGGCUGGUGAUGUCUCAGCCAAGGUGCAGCCACCCUCAGAGGUCACACAGAGGUCACACACCGGGGAUCUGUCUCCAAAUGUGCAGUCCAGAGAUGCCAUCCAGAAGCAAGCAUCUGAAGACUCCAAUGACCUCACACCCACGCUGCCAGAGACACCCGUACCACUGCCGAGAAAAAUCAAUACGGGGAAAAAUAAAGUGAGGCGGGUGAAGACCAUUUAUGACUGCCAGGCAGAUAAUGACGAUGAACUCACAUUUAUUGAGGGGGAAGUAAUCAUUGUCACCGGGGAAGAGGACCAGGAGUGGUGGAUCGGGCAUAUCGAAGGACAGCCUGAAAGGAAGGGUGUCUUUCCAGUGUCCUUUGUCCACAUCCUGUCUGACUAGCAAAAAGCAGAACCUUCUGUCGUCCGUCCACACCCUUAAUGCCAGACCGCUGUCUCCAUGUAAUCUUGUAUACAACAUGUAUAUAGCUGCUGUUACAGACCAAGAACUCAUGGAAGGGCCACUCAGGAGGGGAAUAUAGUAUGUAUUGUAAAUAUCCUGUGGUCUUCUGCCUUCACCAGUAUUAGGGUAACCUCGGGACCUGGUGCGCCUUACCGGUUUGCCAAAGCCAUCCUUGGCAUCUAGCACUUACAUAUCUCUGUGCUGUUUUAUGAGCAAACAAAAACCAGGAGUAUAGGAACUGCUGGCUUUCCAGGUGAGGAGUCUCCAGCAGCCGUUGAAGGGUGCAGUACCGACUCCUAACAAUGCAGUAUUCUCAACGGCGUUACUGAACGUGCAACAUUAGCAGAGGUGGGUUCUGCGCUCCCGGUGGAACGUAAAGUUAGUCCCUGGCCAGCCAGCCUGUAGUUAUCUGUGUACACAGUUUACAGCUACAAAAACCUACUUUGGUAUUUAUUACAGAAAAGUGUUCAGUUAGUCGUGUUAUUCCUUCAGCAAAUACUCACUGACACAAAACCCUCUGCAGCAUUUUCCAGCAUAUGCAGCCUCGUGCAAGUUUAGAUGAGUGGAUUUGUACAUCUUAUGGCGAGUGGCCACCCCUGAGAUAUUACCUCAUUAUGCAGAAGUAACAUAUCCUUCAUGACUAUUUUGACAAAAGCUUAAAACCAUGUCUGAUGAAGUCCAACUUUCAGGAACCAAGGACUGCCAGAAACUCUCUGCCUCUACGUUAUGCAUGCAUCUAGACGCUUACCCGAAUUCUGCCUUUUAUAAAGGAACAAACAGGAUGAAGAAGUGAACUGUACAGUUUUAAACUUGAUUGCCAUUAAAGCAGAAGUUACAAGAUUGCAACAAUGCUUGUUUCUGGUCACUCAUUUGGCCUUUUCCAGAGUGUUUGCACAUGGUGUGGACGCAGCACCCCCAGCGGUGUUGAAAAGCGUCUAAGGGGUCAGUUCGACAUGAUUUUCUUCACUUUGUUCUUGAUUAAACCUUUACUAUUCAAGUUGGAAAA